UCUUGAGGUUGAGAUCGGAGAAUAACAUGCCAUCGACGCGGUGAGCGCAUUUACGGCGUCGACUGAGUGUUUUGCGCACGAAAACGAUACGGUAUCUCUUCACUUGCUUGGGAAAACGCCGGGCGGCUCUUGAAAAACACGAGCGUGGAUGUAACUGUUGCACUUUGAAUACAGACAUGAACCACUGAGACGGCAAAAGACAAAAAGCCUGGAACACACUUGAGGGAAGAGCACCGUCUCACCCCCCCCCCCCACAACAGAAGGUUUGGAAUCAUGAAGUCAUCGUGGCUGCUGGUAUGUUUCUUCUCUGUUUUGACCAGGACCAACAUGGCGUUUCCCAUGUCACCUACUGAACCCCCUGAAGUCAGCGGGACAUUCGGGGUUAAAGACACGAGCCUCACGCACCUCACAGUGCACCGCAAGACGGGCGAGGUCUUCGUGGGAGCCAUAAACCGGGUCUACAAGCUCUCUGCCAAUCUAACCGAAAUUCGUUCGCAUCAGACGGGACCAGAGAAUGACAACGCCCAAUGCUACCCGCCUCCCAGCGUUCGGAACUGCGCGCAGAAACUGGAGUCCACAGAUAAUGUCAACAAGUUGCUGCUGGUCGAUUAUGCUGGCAACCGUCUGGUAGCGUGCGGAAGCGUCUUGCAGGGAGUGUGCAAGUUCCUGCGGCUAGACGAUCUCUUCAAGCUUGGUGAACCACAUCACCGUAAGGAACACUACCUCUCGGGAGCCAAAGAGCCAGAUGGGAUGGCUGGAGUCGUGGUGGGCGACGACGACGGAGAUCUGAAGAAGAAAAAGGAAGGUGCCAGUCGGCUCUUUAUCGGCGCAGCCAUUGAUGGCAAAUCAGAGUAUUUUCCCACUUUAUCCAGCCGUAAACUGGUGGCCAAUGAGGAGAGCCUCGAUAUGUUUAGCCUGGUCUACCAAGAUGAGUUUGUGUCCUCUCAGAUCAAGAUCCCGUCGGACACCUUGUCUCAAUAUCCAGCGUUCGAUAUCUAUUACGUCUAUGGGUUCUCCAGUCGCACCUACAUCUAUUUCCUCACUUUACAACUAGAUACUCAGCUGACCCAAGUGGACGCCACCGGCGAGAAGUUUUUCACUUCGAAGAUCGUCCGCAUGUGCUCCAAUGACACAGAGUUCUACUCCUACGUCGAGUUCCCGCUCGGGUGCACCAAGGACGGGGUGGAAUACCGACUCAUCCAAGCCGCAUACAAGCACCGUCCGGGGAAGAUUCUGGCCCAGAGUCUCGGCCUGUCUGAAGAGGAGGAUGUCCUGUUUGUGAUCUUCUCACAAGGUCAGAAGAACAGGGCCAACCCACCCAGAGAAACCGUACUGUGUCUGUUUACACUGCGCCAGAUCAAUCUGGCCAUGCGAGAGAGGAUCAAGUCGUGUUACCGCGGUGAAGGAAAGCUAUCUUUACCGUGGUUGCUGAACAAGGAGCUACCUUGCAUUAAUACACCCAAGCAGAUUGGGGACGAUUUCUGUGGCCUGGUUCUGAAUCAGCCUCUCGGAGGGCUGAAGGUCAUCGAAGGCACUCCUCUGUUUGAGGAUCGGACCGACGGUAUGGCAUCCGUGGCUGCGUACACCUACGGCGAUCACACCGUCGUGUUCGUGGGCACACGCAGCGGCCACCUAAAGAAGAUUCGAGUAGAUGACACACCUCCUUCGCCCGAGAGUGCACUGCUGUACGAGACUGUGAGUGUCGUGGAAGGAAACCCGAUCUUACGUGACAUGGUGUUCAGUCCAGAGUACCACUACAUCUACCUGCUGAGCGAGAAACAGGUGAGCCGUCUGUCGGUGGAGAGCUGUUCUCAGUACAGCACCUGUAAGACGUGUCUGGGCUCCGGGGACCCUCACUGCGGCUGGUGUGUCCUGCAUAACAAGUGCUCCAGAAAGGAGGCGUGUGAGAAGUGGGCGGAGCCUCUGCACUUCAGCUCUGACCUGAAACAGUGUGUUGAAAUCACCGUCACUCCUAAUAACAUGUCUGUGACCUCCGCUUCUACGCAGCUGAGUGUGAAGGUAGCGAACGUCCCGAGCCUCUCCGCGGGAGUCACGUGUGUGUUUGAAGAGCUGACGGAGAGUCCAGGUGAAGUGUUGGCUAAAGGACAAAUCCUCUGUAUGUCCCCGUCUCUGCGGGACGUCCCAUCUGUCACCCAAAGUUAUGGCGAUAAACGAGUCGUGAAGCUCUCUCUGAAGUCCAAAGAGACGGGUCUCAAAUUCAUCACCACCGAUUUCAUCUUCUACAAUUGCAGCAUCUUGCAGUCGUGUUCGUCAUGUGUAAGCAGUCCGUUUCCCUGUAACUGGUGUAAAUACCGUCACAUCUGCACUAAUAAUGUGGCCGAGUGCUCCUUCCAGGAGGGCCGAGUGAGCAGCGCUGAGGGCUGCCCACAAAUUCUACCCAGCAGCGACAUCCUGGUACCGGCAGGAAUCAUUCGACCAAUCACGCUGCGAGCUCGGAACCUGCCCCAGCCUCAGUCGGGUCAAAAGAACUAUGAGUGUGUCUUUAAUAUCCAGGGCAAGAUCCAACGCAUUCCUGCGGUCCGUUUCAACAGCUCCUGUAUCCAGUGCCAAAACACUUCAUACUGGUACGAGGGGAAUGAGAUGGGUGACCUGCCUGUGGAUUUCUCCAUCGUGUGGGACGGUGACUUUCCUAUCGACAAGCCGCCCUCCAUGAGAGCUCUCUUAUAUAAGUGUGAAGCACAGAGAGACAGCUGUGGACUGUGUCUGAAGGCAGACAGCACGUUUGAAUGCGGAUGGUGUUUGGCUGAAAAGAAGUGUCUCUUAAAGCAACACUGUUCCGCACCUGAAAACAACUGGAUGCAUCAGGGACGACGUAACAUACGCUGCAGUCAUCCUCGCAUUAUUUCGAUCCGCCCACUGACAGGUCCGAAAGAGGGCGGCACACGUGUGACCAUUGAGGGAGAGAAUCUGGGGCUGCAGGUUCGAGAGAUCACGCAUGUGCGUGUGGCGGGGGUCCGCUGCAACCCUGCUGCUUCUGAAUAUGUCAGUGCUGAGAGGAUUGUGUGUGAUAUGGAAGAAUCGCUGAUGUCAAGCCCACCGGGUGGUCCGGUGGAGUUGUGUAUUGGCGACUGCAGCGCCGAGUAUCGCACGCAGUCUUCUCAGACAUACUCUUUUGUGACUCCCAGUUUCAGCCGGGUGCGGCCGGAGAAAGGACCCGUGUCAGGUGGGACCAGGCUGACUAUCUCAGGCCGACAUCUGGACGCCGGCAGCGCCGUGACUGUGUUUUUGGGCCAGGAGGAGUGUCUGUUUGUCAGGAGAACGGUGCGUGAGAUCGUAUGCGUGACCCCGCCGUCAGCAUCGGGCUCCGGGGCUUCAUCCCUUAGGCUGUUGGUGGACAAAGCGGAAGUCACCGGCGAAACACGUUUCAUUUACACCGAAGAUCCGACUAUCUCCUACGUAGAGCCCAACUGGAGCAUCAUAAAUGGAAGCACCACCCUCACGGUCACAGGAACCAAUCUUCUCACCAUCCAGGAACCUAAAGUCAGAGCCAAGUAUGGAGGAGUGGAGACCAUAAAUGUUUGUACUGUGGUGAAUGACUCUGUGAUGACGUGUCUGGCUCCGGGCAUCAUCUACACCAAACGGCAGGCUCCCGAGAGCGGUCUCCACCCGGAUGAGUUCGGCUUCAUCCUGGACCACGUUUCUGCCCUCCUUAUACUUAACGGAACCCCUUUCACGUACUACCCCAACCCGACCUUUGACCCCCUGGGGAAUGCUGGGAUACUGGAGGUCAAACCAGGAUCACCAAUCGUUCUUAAGGGAAAAAACAUCAUCCCUCCAGCCCCUGGAAACGCCCGGCUCAAUUACAGCGUCAUGAUUGGAGAAACGCCCUGUCUGUUGACUGUCUCUGGAUCUCAGCUGCUCUGUGAUUCGCCGGAUCUGACAGGAGAACAGCGAGUGACGAUUCUGGUGGGAGGUCUGGAGUAUUCUCCUGGAACACUUCACAUUUAUUCCGACAGCACCCUCACGCUGCCCGCCAUCAUCGGGAUCGGAGCAGGCGGAGGCGUCCUUCUCAUCGCCAUCAUCGCCGUGCUCAUCGCGUACAAACGUAAGACGAGGGACGCCGACCGAACGCUCAAACGCCUGCAGCUCCAAAUGGACAACCUGGAGUCCCGGGUCGCGCUGGAGUGCAAGGAAGCGUUUGCCGAGCUCCAAACAGACAUCCAAGAGCUGACCAACGACAUGGACGGCGUAAAGAUCCCCUUCCUGGAGUAUCGUACCUACACCAUGCGUGUGAUGUUCCCCGGCAUCGAGGAGCACCCCGUUCUAAAGGAGUUAGAUUCUCCGGCUAAUGUGGAGAAAGCCCUGCGUUUGUUCAGUCAACUUCUGAACAACAAGAUGUUCCUGCUGACCUUCAUUCACACGCUGGAGGCUCAGCGGUCGUUCUCCAUGCGGGACCGCGGUAACGUGGCCUCCCUCCUCAUGGCGGCGCUGCAGGGACGGAUGGAAUACGCCACCAUGGUGCUUAAACAGCUGCUGGCCGACCUGAUAGAGAAGAACCUGGAGAACCGGAACCACCCCAAACUUCUGCUUAGACGAACUGAAUCCGUGGCCGAGAAGAUGCUCACCAACUGGUUCACCUUCCUCCUCCACCGUUUCCUAAAGGAGUGUGCUGGGGAGCCUCUCUUCAUGCUUUACUGUGCUAUAAAACAACAAAUGGAAAAAGGGCCCAUAGAUGCCAUCACAGGAGAGGCGAGAUACUCCCUGAGCGAAGACAAGCUCAUCCGGCAACAGAUCGACUACAAGCAGCUGACACUCAUGUGCAUUCCUCCAGAGGGCGAUGCAGGUACGGAGGUUCCCGUUAAGGUGUUGAACUGCGACACAAUCACUCAGGUGAAGGACAAGCUGCUAGACGCCGUGUACAAGGGCAUCCCGUACUCACAGCGGCCACAGGCCGAUGACAUGGACCUCGAAUGGCGGCAGGGUCGACUCACCAGAAUCAUCCUCCAAGACGAAGACGUCACCACAAAGAUCGAGAGCGACUGGAAGAGAUUAAACACGCUGGCACACUAUCAGGUGACAGAUGGUACUUUGGUGGCUCUGGUUCAGAAGCAAGUAUCUGCUUACAACAUCGCCAACUCCUUCACGUUCACCCGCUCGCUCAGUCGAUACGAGAGCCUCUUGAGGACAUCCAGCAGUCCAGACAGCCUGCGGUCCAGAGCUCCCAUGAUCACGCCGGAUCAGGAGACGGGCACUAAACUCUGGCACCUGGUGAAGAACCACGAGCACGCGGACCAGCGUGAGGGCGACCGCGGGAGCAAGAUGGUGUCAGAGAUUUACCUCACACGCUUGCUGGCUACCAAGGGCACGCUGCAGAAGUUUGUGGACGAUCUGUUUGAGACGGUGUUCAGCACGGCACAUCGCGGCAGCGCUCUUCCACUGGCCAUCAAAUACAUGUUUGAUUUCCUGGACGAGCAGGCAGAUAAACGACAGAUCACCGACCCGGACGUACGGCACACCUGGAAGAGCAACUGCCUUCCUCUGCGGUUUUGGGUCAAUGUGAUUAAAAACCCGCAGUUUGUCUUUGACAUCCAUAAGAACAGCAUUACAGAUGCCUGUCUGUCUGUGGUGGCUCAGACCUUCAUGGACUCGUGUUCGACGUCAGAACAUCGCCUGGGCAAAGACUCUCCAUCAAACAAACUCCUCUACGCUAAAGACAUCCCCAACUACAAGAGCUGGGUGGAGAGAUAUUACCGAGACAUCAGUAAGAUGCCUAGUAUUAGCGAUCAGGAUAUGGAUGCCUAUCUGGUAGAACAGUCUCGUCUUCAUGGCAACGAGUUCAACACACUGAGUGCGCUCAGUGAACUGUACUUCUACAUCAACAAGUACAAGGAAGAGAUUCUGACAGCACUGGACAGAGACGGCUACUGCCGCAAACACAAGCUGCGACACAAACUGGAACAAGCCAUUAACCUGAUGUCCGGCAGCAGUUGAGGGCAGUAAAUGAUUGGACGGGAGGGGAGGUCGAGUGGUCCGGGGUUGGGGAGGGUCGACACGCCAUCCGACGGACUGAUUCACGGCAGAACAUCCGCUGCUUGUGCUAGCAUGUGGCGAGGCUAAAACACUGGACAAUCAAAAAGGAACCACAGCACAGCAUAUGAAGCCCAAUGUUUUUCCGGACCACGACCUGUACGCCCAAACGCCCUCGCUCCCUAAUGCUCGGACCUCUCUUCUGCGCUGACCUCUCCUCACGCGCCCUUCGCAUCGACGCAACUGCCUAACAAACUUUAUCAGAUCGGACUACUGUGGAUCAGACACAUUCCAAUGAGAAAGGUGCACGUGCCAAGGUGGCGCCAUGGAGAAAAAUGACCGGCUUUGAUUCUGGGAAAGAAACGAUUUACAUUGACCCGCAAGAUAUGCCGCAAGAGUUCAGGAACGGACGCGUGCAUGGACGGCGAGCUCCGUUCAUAGCAAAAAAAGACCAAAUGUUGGGGAGAACUGCGUUGUGGGUAGUGUUGAGGCUGGGCAGAAUGGGUGGAACCUUCACCUCCUCGUCUUGAGAAUGCCAUAGACGUAUAAAGAGCGCCUUUUCUCUCUUUUGUUGUUUCUCUCUUUUUGUCAUUCUGGGGCCAAAUGGACCUCUUCUGGAGAAGAGGGUGUGGAUCGGCAUCUUUUGACCCGCUGGGAAAGGUGAUCCUGAUUCUGGACUCCUUGUACCCUUCCUGCGCUCUUUGCUUUUUUGUACACCGCUGUGUUACUGUGAGGUUUGGAGUGUUGACUCCGUUUUCGUGCGUUGGCGAGGACCAGUCGCUGUCCCUUGGUCAGGCAUCUUUACUGUAGUAAAUCCAUCUAGAGCAAUAACUCUCAGAUUUUCCUGCAAGCCAUGAGUUUUAAGUUCCCCGUGUGUUCGAAUUCACCGUCCUGACUCCACGACGUUCCCGACGUUUGUUAGCCGAAUCGUUCUCAUGUUCCUGUCGUUCUGUCAGAUGGACAGCCAAACACGUUCACGAUGCCAAGCACAACGAAGCGGCGACUGUUCAACUCGCUGAUCGUUUUUAGCGCUGUUUCACGAGGCCGAUGCAAUUUUUGACAUUGUAGAGUAACUGCAGGAGUUCACAAAUCUCAUCCGCACUGUUGUUGAAACGUUUCUCAGUCGUCCGCAUAAACCUUAUCGUGAACCCAGAGGUUCUCGCUUCAUUGAAUAUGAAGAUUGUGUCAAAUCUGUCUGUAUACACAAACAACAAGGCCUUAAGUCAUUUCCUCUUAUCCGCGGUUCGUCGUCUUUGCGACGACAGCAUUGCCCCCUGCUGCCCAGACGGUGAACUGCUAUCAGUUUUAUUCCAGGUACUCUAGGUGGGUGCUCCAAUCGCGAUUCGUCGUUUGAAAAAAUUCUCAGCUGUUUUCUAUUUCUUGCUGUAUGUGGUUCUGAGUUCUGCCACGACUAACUGCGUGUCGAUUGCGUUUUUGAGUAAAUCCACACAACGGAGAAUGUACCGCAUGUUCCGCUUUUAAACGCGAAAUAACUUCAGAUCAAAGGCAGGACUACAGGGAGAUCUAUUUGUUGUCAACACAGUUUUAAAAAUAAUUUUAGACUCAAGCAAGGUCAGUCCAGGCAAAUAAAGACCCACCAAAGCAUUCAUAAUGUGGGUUGAUAAACAGUAGGGGCCUUAUUAGUUAUGCUUAGAGUUUAAAUGGAAAUGUUUAAUGAUGGUCUCGCUUCGAUUAGAAACCCAAGAUGUAUAUAUUGUUAUGAACAUUUUGAAAGUUUUCAUACUUUUCAUGUUUGCCUUUAUUUUAUUCAUGAAGAAAAAAUUAUACUUUUAUAAUAAGGUUCGAUUUUUUACAUUUGUAAAUGCAUUAGCUAACGUAAACAAACAAUCAGUUAUAUCGUUUUUUUACUUUGUUAGUAAAUGCCAACACAAUUGUUCAUGCUAGUUCAUUGUGCAAUGAAUAAAUUUAACAUUACAAUAUAUUAUUUAAUACUAAAAUGAACAUGAACCAAGAUGAAUAAAUGCUGUAGAAGUAUUGUUGAUUGUUAGCGCAUGUUAACUAAUGUGAAAUAAUACAACCUUAUUGUUAAAAGUUAGCCAAAGUCACUAAAAGAGGUCAAUUUCAGAAGCGUUGGGGGAGUUUAAAAACUUGAUCUUGAUAUAAUAUACUACAACGUUUCAUUGAAUGUAAUCCAUUCUGCCUAUUUUUUAAGUUAAUGCUACAAGAUGAUAAAGCAAAAGUUUCUACUCAGAUUAGUUCUCGAUGUGGCAUCAUCAAAGGUUUUUUUAAGUCAUGUUUUUGUUCGUAUCAAGGCUAAAAGUGUUGAAUUAUGAGGGCUGGUUGUUCUAAAGUAAAUGUGGGACUCAUUUACAUAUGAAAAAGUUUAGGAUGAUAAUGAAGCCGUAUCCUUUUGAACAUUUGUUUGAGUUUUUAUGUCGCUAUGUUUUGGGUGGGGGGCAGAUAGGGUCACCUCGGCUCAUCUUCGACGUUUCAGCCUCGAUGCAACACGAUACGCAUCCAUUAGGAAUAACUUACUGCCUGUUUGCCAAAGCUGCGCAGUCAGCAGCGCAGGUGUGGUCUGGACAAACCACUCUGAAAAAUUGAACACAAUCAUAAAUCUACAUAAAAAAUGGAAAAAUAAGCAUUGGCGGUUUAAUUUUGAUUUAGCACCUCUUGGUUGAAACCACGCCGUCGGGUUUACAACAGAUUUUUCUAUACUACUGUGAGUUAAGCCAAACGUACUGUGGGGAAAUGAAUUUAGCUCGGUUGCGAACAUACUGCCUGUAAGAGAACUUUACUAUUGUUAAGUGCAACUGCCCACCAGGGUGUAUUCAGAUCAGACCAGUCGAGAGAGAAAGAGAGAGAGAGAGAGAGAGAGAGAGCUAAUGAUGCCUCGGCCGAUAGCCAUAUAUCAGAAAUCAUACAGCAGAACUCAGAGCCAAAUGAGGCGCUUUGCGGUUUGUUUUCGUCGCGUGGUGAAACGGUAUAUUAUUAAAAGCACCUGUUACUUGUGAGAAAGAGAAAGGAGCGAGUGGAAAAAUUACUGUGGUGUUUUUUCAGUAGAUACAGUAGAAGAAAAUGUCUGUUUUAGAUCCAUAACUACAUUUCAGUCAGUGUUGUACUUAUAAAAGAAGAAAAAAAGUUGUCUCAGAUGAAUUACUUCUAAUUUAUUUGUCGGUUUGUCUCUUUAUCCCAAAUGUUUUAAUCGAUUUUAUUGUAACAGACUUGUUUACAGUUUCAGAAAUAUAUGAAGUUUAUUAACGUGUCUGAAGAGCUUUGUGACUGACUGACUGGCUGACUGAAUGACUGGUCAUUGGGCAAAUGCUUUGCCUGGUCCUUAAUUCUAUAUAAAUAUAUAAAUAUAUUUUGUAUAAUUAUUGGACUGAAAUGUUUUUUUUAUUUGGUUUAAAUUAUUGUUUUAAAAUGUGUUUGUUUGUUGGAGGUGUGCGAAUGAGUCUGAAACGCUGGCUGCAAUGAAGUGUUUUGUAUAUAUUUGCAUCUUUUUUUUAAUCGGUGCGAGGUUUUCGAAAGAAUGGAUUCUAACUUAACGUUCAAAGGACAAGCAUGGGGAUUUUAUUUUGAUUAUUUUUCCGUUUUUUUGAUUUUGCUGAUAAAAGUGUAUGUGGAUGAUGCUGUAUAUUUCUUGAAUGUUUUUUUUUUUUGUAUAUAUAAUCAUCUGCAAGGCAUAUUUUGUCUCAAGAGCUUGAUGUUUUCAUUCAAAUAAAGACAAGUGUCUUGGUGAAAUCUACGCAAAUCGCA